AAUGUAUAAGAUUUUCCUAAUCAGUUUGAUACUACUUGCAUGCUUCUCAAAAAAACAUAAAGCUAUAGAUGAAGAUAAUGCAUGUUUGAACGAGAAAUGUGGAGUUCAAAUUAAUGAAUGCUUCGAAGAUUAUGAAUGUUUUGAAGCCAUUUCUGAGUGUGCUCCUUAAGAUAACCCCACUGUCUAACAAAUAAAGGAAGUAUAUCAAUAUUUUUGAGCUUAGGCUGAAGAUUGUGUUAAAAUAAAGAGUGAGGCAGCAGAAGAAUUAUUGGAAUGUGCAUAAAAGAAAUGCUCAAAGAAAGAGUUGAAUAAAAAGUAGAUGAAGAUGAUUAAGAAAUUUAUGAAUGUUUGAUAUAUAUGCUUA